AUCGUCCGAAAAUGUUAUUUCCUGCCAGUGGACAGUGUUCAAUCGGAAAGCAGUUUUCACCAAAUAGUUGGUCUACAGUAAGUCUAAUUGAUGGUUACGACGUCUCUGACAUUUUCUCUGAACAAAUUACAUGGCCAUAUAGUAUGGAACGUAAUAAAGGAAUAUACCAGUGUGUUCAUCAUCUCAAAGAAGCUAAACUUCAUGCCAAAUUUACUCGACAAAAUACUUACG